GAACUAUCCAAUCAGCACACGUCUGAGACGGAAGUGGCAUAUUUGAAAACUGGCAGUUGAGGGCGAGCCCUUUUCGUGCUCCAUAAGUGAAACGGGAAAGACAUCGUAAACACGAUGGAGGAAGAGGAGCACACAGACAGAAAGCAGCAGCUUGCUAUGCUUUAUAAAAAGCUCACUAAAAUUAAAGAGUAUCUCAAUGAAGAUGACACGGACAAUAUCAACCAGAUUAUCGGCUCAAACUCACCGGAGUCAUGCCUCUCAUAUUUGACGGACCUGGAGAAGAAAGGGGAUGCUCACCUGGAUCGUAACCACCUCACCAGACUACUUGACUUUUACACCAGAGUAUUCUCCAAUAUGCCACUGGGAAAACACUGUCAGAAUGAGAGCUAUGCCAGGAUGUUGGUCAGAUUUGCAGAGCUGAAAGCAAUUCAAGAUGUCAAUGAGGCAGAAGCCAACUUCAACUUGGCAAGAUCUCACAGCCAGAACUUUGCAUUUGUUCACAUUGCACAUGCACAGUUUGAACAUUCUCAAGGCAACACAAAGAGAGGCAUUUACAUAUUACAGAAUGCUAUGGAACUGGGUGCCAAACCAAAGGAACAGCUGGAGGCUGCUUGGCAAAGGAUGCAAACAGGGAAAACACAACUCUUCUGUUCACAGGAUAAGGAAAAUGUACCACUAUUGUCAAACAGUAACAUGCAAAGUUCCAUCAAGAAAGGCUCAGAAUUCCAAAAAGUAUGCCGAACAUCCGACGGGACAGGCGACUUGCAGCUCUCCAGCAUUUUUCCUUCAGGCACAGAGCCAUUGAGUGGAUCAUCCGAUGACCAGUUACCAGGCUGGAGAUCUGGAUCUCAUCAUAAGAGACCAGUUGGCAUGCCAGGGAGAGUUCCCGUUGUACCUUUCUCUAUCCCAGAAAAGGAUGAUGAUGAUGAUGAUGAUGAUGACCACAGUAAUGGAAAGCCCUCAAAGAGAAAUGAUUCAUCAAUUCACACCAGUUUGUCCAGGCAAACAUCUGGUUCAAAUGUGAACCCAGUAUUCAGGCUAUCGUCCUCAAAGAAAAGUGCUGUCGAUGGAGAUCUUCAACCACCAGCUGCCAGUCCAGAGCAUUACCCAUGGGAGGACCAGGCAGCUGUGGACUCCACCACCACACUCCUUCAUUCACAUGACACAAGGGACACCUCCAGAAUGGAAGAUGUAACAUACAACUUCGAACAGAUCGUCAAUACAAAUUCUCCCGAAUCGUGCUGGACAUAUCUGAUGAGCCUGGAGAAAAGAGGCAACCCUCACACAGACAUCAACCUCCUGAAUAAACUCAAGUACUGUUAUUCUAAAAUCUUCUCCAGGCUGCCAAUAAGACAGUUCAGCAAAAACGUCAGCUGUGCCAGAAUACUGGUCCGAUAUGCAGAACUCAAGGGGAUCGACGAUCCAGAUGAAGCCCAAGACCACUUUAUAGUUGCAAGAUCCAACUGUAAAGGCUUUGCCUUUGUCCACGUAGCACAUGCGCAGUUUGAGGUUUCUCAAGGUAAUUUGAUCAAAGCAACUUCAAUCCUGCACAAAGCCCAGGCACUAAAUGCCAAGCCAGCCGAGCUUUUGGAGAUGGCCAUGCGUAACCUGAAAGCUGGGGUGAAACAGCUUGUGCCACCCAGAGAGGAGGAGCAUCCCGCAGAUUUGCAAACAGGUGUUCCAGUCAGUGUGUCUACUUUUGGGGGAAACCAGGAAGUUCAGCUUCCUGCUCGGGUCCCAGUGAACCGGUCAGUGGAACAGCCUAAGCCAGUCAGCAAGGAGCCCUUAUCAGAGUGGAAGAUUCCAACUCUCAUACACCGGCAGGUUUCUCCAGAGGAUAAACGCACAACACCUCCUGAGCCCAGACCUGUUCCUCGUGUGUUCGAGUCACUCCCCACUCCAUCCGUCCAUCUUCCAUCAAAACUGAAUCCACUGGCAGCACACAGAGCUGGACCUGUUCACCAGCCAUCUACACCACUAAACCAGCCACCAUGUUUCCAAACUCCACAGGCGUCCCUCACUACAUUUUCAAAUGAAUCCAUAACCAUUAAGGGCAAACAGUUCUUCAUACUGAAGAUGAUUGGUCGUGGUGGAUCCAGCAAGGUCUAUCAGGUCCUCGAUCACAAAAAGCAGCUGUUUGCUGUGAAGUAUGUCGACCUCGAGGAGGCUGACGCUCAGACAAUAGAGAGCUACAAAAAUGAGAUUGAACAUCUGAACCACUUGCAGCAGUACAGCGAUCAAAUCAUCAAGCUCUAUGACUAUGAAAUAACCAACAGCUACAUCUACAUGCUGAUGGAGUGUGGAAACUUGGAUCUGAACACUUGGUUGCGAAACCGCAAAACUGUGAAUCCGCUGGAGAGGAAGUUCUACUGGAAGAACAUGCUGGAGGCCGUCCAUACCAUCCACAAACACGGCAUCAUCCACAGUGACUUGAAGCCAGCAAAUUUUGUCAUAGUGAAUGCUUCCCUGAAGUUGAUUGACUUCGGCAUCGCAAACAGAAUCCAACCAGAUGUAACGAGCAUUAUGAAAGACUCACAGGUUGGAACCUUGAACUAUAUGCCCCCUGAAGCCAUCAAAGACACUUCAUCCCGCUCAGGAAAAGCACGCUCAAAGAUCAGCCCCAAAGGUGAUGUGUGGUCCCUCGGAUGUAUCCUGUACUGCAUGACUUAUGGGAAAACUCCAUUCCAAAGCAUCACCAAUCAGAUUGCCAAGCUGCACGCCAUAAUCGAUCCUUCACACAUGAUUGAGUUCCCUGACAUCUCGGAGAAGGAUCUGCUGGAUGUGUUGAAGAGUUGUUUGGUACGAAACCCCAAAGAGCGAAUCUCUAUUGCAGAGCUGCUGGAGCACCCAUACCUGCAGCUGAAGCCACAGGCAUCACCUGAACCAGAACGUCCGAGUAACAGUGAUCUCCAGAAGAUCCUGACAGACCUCGCAGCCCUCCAGUCUCCAAACAGCAUCAUCAGAGCAGCUAAUAAUCUGGCCAAGAUGUGCACCAGCGGCAGGAAGUUGGAUGUUGCAGAGUGCGCAAAGUCGUCAACCUAACUGUCCUGAGAAAUGUGAUGUCUAUAGUUCUUAGUUUGUUUUUGUUUUUGUUUUUGUUUUUUCUUAAGACCCCUCCUUAACCACUUAAAUACAAUAACAGUUUCUGUAACAUGUAGAACUAACAAAUCUAUGUUUGUAUGUUUGUGGCUUUAAAACAAAAUCAUUAUAUUACUUCAUAUUUGCUAUUGUCCUCUUGAUGAUAAGUGUAAGCAUAUACAGCAUAGUCAAAUAAACAUACUAUAUUCUCA